CCUGGGGAAUAUACUUAAACAUCAUUCAAUCCCCAUUUCAUUCAUGUUUGAAAAUCGCAUCUGAUCGCACGCUCAGCGAUCCUCCGGACCAACGGUCGAAUCGAGUGAUAGUCAGGAAGUUACCAUAAACGCUGUUAAGAAAUACCAAUUUAGAGUGAUUUGUGCUUACGUGUAAUAAAGACAUCAUUUUUGCUAAUUACCAACUUCAGGGUGUUUCAUAGUGUAAGGAUUUUAAGAAAAACAGUGCAAAAAAUUCACACAAAAUGCGGGAGUUUCUGAGAUUCUGGCGCCGAAGGUACAGUUCCGUGAGCACAGGACUGAAUCCUGGAGCUGAAUUUUCCAAUCAGAGGAAAAGUGAGAGGCGGAAAAGCCUGGCCGAUCCUCAGGCUCUCCAGGGAUUCUCAAUUCUCGACUCGUUCUUCUACAAACGGAAGGACGGUGAGCGAGCCAGAUGGCCCAAAAGUGCCUUCCUCUUUAUGGCCACGGGGCUCGUCUCAGUCACAUUUGCCAUUGCAAUCUAUAUCUUUAACCCAUACGACCUCAUUUUCAAAUGGAAGCUCAAAUUUGAGAAGGACGGCGAAGUCUACAACUUAUGGGCAAAGCCUCCUGUUGACCUCUACCUAAAGAUCUAUCUCUUCAACAUCACCAACUCUGAGGAUUUCCUCGCUGGCAAGGAAAAGUUACAAGUUAAGGAAGUUGGCCCCUUCGUUUACAGGGAACUCCUUUCCCAUGAAAACAUCACCUUCAAUUCCAACGGAACAAUUUCCACAACACCCAAACAUCCUUUAGUGUGGCAGGAAGAGCUUUCGGAAGGAAAUAACGAGGAUGAUGAGCUUAUCUUGCCAAACAUCGCGCUUCUGAGCAUCGCUCAAGUGGCCGCUGAGAAGUCCUACUUUUUCCGCUUGCCCAUCAACAUCCUCAUCAGGCAAACAAACAGUCAGCCACUGGUUAGGAUGACUGCCAAGGAGUUCAUGUUCGGCUACGAGAGUCCACUCACGACUCUCGGUUACCACGUCUUACCCAAUUGGAUUUCCUUCCAGAAGGUCGGCCUGAUAGACAGGAUGUACGACUUUGAGGGCGAUUAUGAAACUAUCUUCAGCGGUGAAACAGAUCCUAGCAUGUCUGGUCUGUAUGACACCUACAAAGGAUCCCAAAACCUGCCUCAAUGGGAAGGAGAUCACUGCAGCAAAGUCACAGGAGCGUCAGAUGGUACAAAGUUCAAGAGCUUCAUGGCUCCCAACGAAACAAUCCUGUUUUUCCGCAAGAGCAUGUGCACCGUGAAACGAAUGGUGCAACACGGGGAACCAACAGAAGUGUCAGGUUUAAGUGCCCAGAGGUUUGUCUUUGAAGAGAACGCCCUGGACAAUGGAGCUGUGGAGGAAAAGAACAAGUGCUACUGUCGACAAGGUAAUUGUCUUCCAGCCGGUCUCAUCGACGUGACAGAUUGCUAUUAUGGUUUCCCCAUCGCGUUGAGCUAUCCUCACUUCUUGGAUGCUGAUCCGAGUGUGACCAAAAAUAUUAUUGGACUAAAACCCAAUAAAUCGGAGCAUGAAAGUUACUUCAUGAUAAAUCCGACGUCGGGCCUUCCCCUGCGCUGUGCCAUGCGUUUUCAGAUUAAUAUGGCCAUGAAGGAUGUGAGCAGCAUGUCACACGUGGAGCAGUUCUCCCACCUCACGAUACCGAUGCUCUGGUUCGACAUCACUUUCCAUGAAUUGCCGCCGGCGUUGAAGAACCGUUUCCACCUGUACCUGAACGUCCUGCCCGUGCUUGAUGCUGUGACGUUUUACGGCAGUGCCAUUGUGGGUGUUUUGCUUCUCAUCUUCGCUGUGACCAAGGCUUCCGUUGGCAUGUCCACCAGCAUCACUUCGAGCAGGAAAAUCUCGCUGCAACGCACCUACGAUUUCAGGAGCUCCAAGGUGUAUUCGCCGUGCGAGCAGAAGUACGAUAACUCCGAUUGCCAUGAGCUGACGAUGCCCUCCGUGGCGCCGGUCUCAGUGUUUGACCUCGAGAAUGAGAUCCCUCUCUCGGACGCCGAUGAGCAAGAGCUCCUCGAUGAGCGCGACAGCGGUCACGGGACGAUCAGCAAUGCCAGUGAAGACUGCACCAUAACGAUACCUCAGGAAGAGAGCAGGAACUCCCUGAAACCGCUUUGCCAUCAAAACAGCAAUUUCACACUCAACAGAUAACAGACCAGCGACUCAACGCUACUCAAGACAUCCCAUGGGACAGUAUUAUACAAUAGUGACGUCUUUUCGAUGAUUUUUCACGCAAUUCCGCACUAUAAAUAUCACCACAAGUGCUAUUCAAUCAACGGCAGAUAUAUUGCUCAUUUACAUUGAGACUAAAAAUUAUUGUACAACUACUAUUGAGCCUUUCAGGGAAAUCCAGGAAAUUAAAGCUCAACACUUAAUUAAAAAUCAGUGGUAAAUAGUCAACCAUUUAGGAAUAAACAAAAUUUUUCCACUGUACAUCAAUUACAUACAUUGAUUCAGGCUUCUUGUUACUUCCUCGUCAUUGCGGUUUUUAUAUUUUAUACACCCAACAGGAAUGACUCAAAAUGACACAUUUUGAGUUUUGCAUUGAUAUUCAGUGCGGAAUUGUGAGGCAAGUUAUUACAAAAACGACAACAAAAUCUUUGCAAAAUCCUUCUCUCAACCAUUAGUCAUUUUGUAAAUAUUUUCCAUCUCGCUCAGAGAGCUUUAGGAGCGAUAGCCUGUAAUUUUAAGCUUAAGGAUCGUAGAUACAUCUUUUAUACGUUUUUCUAUACGGAGAAAAU